GCAUACAUGAUGCAUACAUAGAUUAUUUUGAAAUAUUAAUUUUUAUUGUGUAUUACAAGAAUAUAAUCUUUUCUUGGUUUAGUGUGUGAUCGAACACUCAGCUGUCUUUUCAUUUUUUCUUCAUCUUUUUUUGUUACAGAUACCUAUUUUCCGAUUCCUUUCACCUACACUUCAGGUUCCGCGUUUUACGUUCUGUCUACUUUUGUUAUUCGAUGGAUGCGACGUAAACCGUAAUUACGUCACAAAAUGUUAUCAGCUCAAUUGAAAUAAUAAUCGUUCCCUUUCUUUUUUUAUGGUGACGGAGUCAAAGCGGUGCAAUUAAAGCGGUCGACAGUAUGAAUAUAAUUGAGAAGAAAUGAUCAAGCAUCAAAAUAGUUUUAGGUUUGGCGAUUAUCUAAAAUCUACAUAACCUAUUCAAAUUCCGUUGACGUUUCCUUUCGGCGGGAAUCUCGAAAUAUUCAUGAUUAUUAUCAAGUCUGCCUGAAAAUGCCGCCGAAUCUUCUGAAAAGCAGCUUGGAGAACGCUUCCUUUAAUAUUAUAUUUCAGAUAUUCUGCCGCUGUAUCACAUUUGUCUUGAACGCAUUUGUUGUUCGGCAUGUAGGCCAAGCAGUCUUAGGUGUCAUUAAUGUGAGAUUGUUGCUGCUGGAAUCUAUGAUACUAUUCUUGUCGCGUGAACCAUUCAUGAAAGCAUGUUUGACUAAUACAGCAGAGCAUAAUUGGGCUCAAGUUGUGAAUCUUCUCUGGCUAACAGUACCUAUAUGCAUUGUGAUGUCCUUCCUGUUUGGAUACAUUUGGUUGUUCCUACUCUUUACUACAGAAGCAUUACCACCGUACUACACAUUUGCAGUUUGGGCAGUUGGAUUAUCGUGUAUCAUAGAACUGUCUUCCUUAAUUGUUCAAUUGGUCGCGAGUGCAUUUCUAUUCGUUAGGCUUAAAAUAAUUCUCGACACCAUUAUGAUCACUGUACGCACCUUGACAUUCGUCCCGCUAAUAUUAUAUCAUCCGGAUAAUGCACUACUUGCAUUUGGCAUAGCUCAACUUGUUGCGGCAAUAUUUUACACUACUAGUCACUACGUGUAUUUCCACUAUCAUAUCGCAAAACUGAACAAAUGCGUACAGAAGCGGAGAAUGUCUCUGAAAGAUAGCAGUGACGAGUAUGUGGUGAGAGAAUUUCCUUUUCACGACGUAAAGGAUUUCUUACCGGGCCAGCUGGCAAAUAAUGAUCCGUAUCUUGAUAGAAAGUUAACUGUUCUCACAUGGAGCUUCUUUAGGCAAGGAAUACUAAAGCAAAUUUUGACAGAAGGCGAGAGACUAAUCAUGACUAUAAUGCCGGUACUGACGUUCACAGAACAGGGUAUCUACGAGGUUGUGAAUAAUUUAGGCUCAUUGGCCGCUAGAUUUAUUUUCCGUCCAAUUGAAGAAAGUGGAUACUUCUACUUCACGCAGAUGAUAAAGAGGGACAAAACCAUAUCUGAUCAGAAUCCAAUGAAGGUACAAGAGAGCGUGAAUGUCUUGAUGCACUUGUGCUCAAUCGUCAUGUCUAUCGGUCUAAUCGUUCUGGUGUUCGGUCAAUCUUACUCGAGUACGUUACUCUGGCUGUACGGCGGCUCGAAGUUAACCUUGCCUUUACCUAUCCUCCUCCUGAGAACACAUUGCCUCGCGGUAUUAUUGCUGGGAAUUAACGGUGUGACAGAGUGCUACACCAAUGCGACGGCCGACAGCGCGACCAUAAACAAGAGUAACUUGAUCAUGGUCUACGAAUCGAUCGCGUUUCUGGGCGCAUCGUAUUUAUUCGCCACUUGGUUUGGCCCAGUCGGCUUUAUCCUCGGCAAUUGUGUCAACAUGAGUCUGAGAAUCGUGCACUCCGCGUUGUUCAUCAACAGGAGACAUCAGGAGACGAUCUAUCGUCCCUUACGCGGAUUAGUCCCGAAGCCGAUGUUUUCCGCCUCUUUACUUGUAGCCGCGCUCAUCACGAAUUUGUCACACGCAUAUUUUUUCCCGGCUGAGAAACUAUUGCACCUAUUGGUUGGCAUGGUGAUGUUCACAAUCGUACUAAUGUCUUGGAUGUAUGAGCAUUACGAAUUGAUCAGGCUCGGCACAAACAAGUGGUAUGAAAGAAGAAGAAGCAAGCAAAGGAAGAGCGAGUGACCUUAGACUUUUGUGCUGUGAAUUAUUCUAUUUAUGAUAAUAUACAAAUUCACUACAGAUUAUAGCUGCAGUGCAUGAAGGCUCUCUCUGUUAUAAAUCUUGGAGAAUUGUAAUAUAAUUACACCUAUUUUCUACAA